GGAGGUGAAACGGUCUGUAUUUCCGGGUUCACUCAGCUUCAGGCUGUUGGUGUGUGUCUCUGUGUGAGUGUGUGUCUGUGCCUUAUUCACCAUGUCUGGAACUCCUGUGAUCAUGCGUCUGAUGGCGUCGGCGCACUCUGUGGCUGAGAAGGCCGGAGCCAUCGUGAGGAAGGUCCUUCACAGUGGAGACCUUGGCAUUGUGGAGAAGACGGGAGCUAACGAUCUGCAGACGCUGGCAGACAGACUGGCACAGCAGAGCAUCUGUGCUUCACUGUCCAGACGCUUCCCAAAACUCACCAUCAUUGGAGAAGAGGAUCUUCCAUUUGAGGAGGUGAAGGAGGACGCAAUUGAGAAGGGCCAGGCAGAGGAGAUCCUCCAGAAGAGCUGCCCAGCAGAAUACAUGGGGCUGAAGGAGGAGGAGCUUGUUGUGUGGGUCGAUCCACUCGAUGGCACAAAGGAGUAUACUGAGGGGCUCCUGGAUAACGUGACGGUGCUGAUUGGAAUUGCAUACGGAGGCCGAGCCAUAGCAGGUGUCAUCAACCAGCCUUUCUACAACUAUCAGCUUGGAGCAGGAGCCGUUUUGGGGAGAACCAUGUGGGGAAUGCUGGGAGUGGGAGCCUUUGGAUUUCAGCUGCAGGAAGUUCCAGGUGACAGGAGAAUAGUCACCACAACCCGGUCCCACAGCAACAAGGUUGUAAUAGACUGUGUAGACGCCAUGGAGCCGCAUGAAGUUGUAAGAGUGGGUGGUGCUGGGAAUAAGAUAAUUCAGCUUGUUGAGGGAAGAGCAUCAGCUUAUGUCUUCGCGAGUCCAGGAUGUAAGAAGUGGGACACCUGUGCUCCGGAGGCCAUCCUGCACGCAGUCGGAGGUAAACUGACCGACAUGCACGGCAACGCGUACUGCUACGAUGCAGAUGUGAAGCACAUGAACUCCGCCGGUGUCCUCGCGACGCUGCGUAACCACGAGUACUACGCCAGCAGAGUACCACCGUCGGUGAGGGAAGCCCUGAAGCUCGACUGAGGAAACAUGAAACACUUUGGCUAACUCAAAAAGUAAUUCAGCAACACACCAAUCGUACUUCAAUCAGAAACGAGGCGACUCCACAGCACUUCCAUUUAUUUCACUCAUUUGAAACAAAGUCGUACAAAUCUCAAAACAUCGUAACGUAACUGUUUUCAACUCGAGGACCAAUCGCUGUACAAGGCAAGAUUAUACCAUAUUAAAUUAAAAUACACAAGUCCAAUGUUUAUCAGUGAGUUGGAAAUGAUUCACUGUACUUCAUUCAAUAACCACUAGGUGGAAACAGUGUAACAUCACUAGCAUAAUGCCGACAACAAAAAAUAUUGUGUUGACCCCUUUACAACGUUGUGUAAUGUCAUGCGAUGAAGUGUUCAAUGUAAGAUGGUUUGUCUUGUAUUGUUUUUAUUAGUUCUUCACUUUUCUUUGUACACGUUCGUCUCUUGCAUUCACGUAUCCAUGGCUAAGUUUCUACCAUAGACUGUAUAUAAAGAUGGACGACAUGACAGCUCUACAAAAGUGAAGCCAAAUAAUCUGGACUGCCCCCUGGUGGCUGACUGGCGUACAGGACAUUAACCCGGCUUUUUCUAUGUUAGCAUAUGGGAUGUGGACCAAAUUAAAAAGUAAAAAAUUCAAUAUUUUCUUCCCAAAAGCUGGUUUCUGUCAUUUUAUCACACUGAUCUAUGUUCAACGUCCCGAUUUGACGGCUGAGACGUGUGAUUCGUCCAGCUGGUGAAUCGGGGGGGGGGGGGCCCUCGAUACCACAGCUCCCUGAUCACCAUCGUCCAUCUUAAUCUACAGUCUAUGGUUUCUACAUACCUAAUGAUCUAAGCAAGAUUAAAGGACAUCAACUCAAA